UCUCAGCCGUAUUAGUAACAAUAAUGCUUUUGCCACUGAUUCUGCUGCCCGUGCUCUUGGCUUUGGCCGGAGCUAAUCCCGCCCAGCUGCCGCACAUCCAGCAUCUGACGCUCAAGAGCCUGGAACAGGUGCCCGUGGAGAUCCAGCCGCUGAUCAUCGAUGGCUACGAUGUCCAGGGUGUGGACAAUGUACCCUACCUGGUCUCCCUGUCCCUGACCAAGGCCACCUACACUCACCUGUGCGGUGGCUGCAUCAUUGCCAAGCGAUGGAUCGUGACGGCCGCCCACUGUGUGGAGGAUCUGCGCAAGUUCAACGAUGGCGAUGUCUUGGGAACCCCCAUCUAUGCGGGCGUUGUCAACAGGAGCAAUGUGACGGCAGCCCAGGUGCGUUACGUGGACUUUGCUUCCACGCAUCGUGGUUUUACCGGUGAAGCCGGCAGCGACAACAUUGCCCUGCUGCAUGUUUCGGAGAGCUUCGAGUACUCGGCCCGCGUCCAGGCCAUCGCCCUGCCCGACAUUGAAGAUGACUACAGUGGAAAGACGGCUGCCGUUUAUGGAUGGGGUCUCACGGACGCCGAUGGCGAUGAGUACUCCAAGGAGCUGAAGUAUGCCUUUGCUCCGCUCCUGAACAGCACGGCGUGCAAGGAGCUCCUGCCGGCUGACGCUCCUCUUACCAAGCAGCAGGUUUGCUCGCAGGUGAAGACCUGCUACGGAGAUGGAGGCACCCCGCUCAUCUACUGGCCCAUCACUGGACCCGCGGAGCUGGUGGGACUUGGCUCCUGGAGCUACAUGCCCUGUGGCUUUGCCAGCCGACCAACGGCCUACACCUCGGUGACGGCCUACGUGGGUUGGAUUUACCAGGUGAUUGCCGCCUACUAUCAGCUGAACUGAGACAUAUGGAUUGAGGAGCCGAAGGAGGGAGGAUCUUUGCGUAAUACUCUUGUAGUGCAUUAAAGUAAACACCGCGGGUUUCCGUAUCUAAUCACGGGGCUCGUUAACUACGAAUCGAA